AUGGCUUCUCCAGCUUCUUUUCAUAGCUUGGAAAGUGAUGGAAGCGAUCAUCGGACACCGUCGAUGGCGAAACCGGGUAAGAACGAGCCCGUCGACAAUGACGAAUUCGAGUCGUGGGUUAAAGCGAAACAGCUGCUAAGGCCGGAUGACCAACUGGACCUCACUGAAGCUGAGCUGGGUGAAGAGAUUCCCAAGUUGUUGUCAACCGAAAAUCGACACUUGCCAAGAAACUUAGUGCUGUACAAUUUCCACGAGGGAGCCUACGUUCCAGUUCCUCCGCCGGAGAAUACGGUUACGCUGUUGGAGUUUGAGGGAACGGCACUGCAUAAGGAAGCACCUGAAGCUAAGGAACAGAUCGCUCGCAAAGGAACCGAUGAGCUGUACACCAUAUUGGACAAACCGGCAGAGCCAAGUCCGGAAGAGGAACAAACCCCGUCGCCCAAGUCCGAGUCACCGGACGGCGAGGAUACCGAACGUGACGAAGAUGAAGCUGAAGCUGAGGCGGAAGCUCAGGAACAGGAAGAGGAAGCACAAGCCGCUCCGGAAGAGGAAGUUCCGAAGAAAAAGUUGACCAACCAAUUUAACUUUUGUGAACGCGCUGCAUUGACAAUUGCUAAUCCUUCAAGGGCCGUCGAUACGCAAACCGUGCCACCGCCGAGGUCCACGUACGGCGCGAGUGUACUGCAGUGGGUGAUUUACGACUCGUACGCGGAAGAUUAUGCCCAGCAGCAGCGGGAGAAGGAGCGCGAGAAGGAGAAAAAGCCGACGCUGCACAAGCGGGAUGAAAAAUCACGCAAGGACGACAAGGCCAAACAGGCGGAGGAGUUUAAUAAGCGCUAUUUGCAGGCCUGUCAGAUCAUCGAACGGAUGGUUAAUCAGAAUAUUUAUGACGAGAUUGCCCAAGACUAUCGCUACUGGGAGGACCCGUCCGAUGAGUUCCGCGAGGAGGAAGGCACCUUGCUGCCGUUGUGGAAGUUUUCCUACGAGAAGACCAAAAAGAUGUGCGUCACGGAUUUGUGCUUCAAUACGCUGUACUAUGAUUUGUUUGCUGUGUGCUUCGGAACUUUGGAUUUUAUGAAACAAGGCAACGAAGGAGCGGUGUGCCUAUUUACGAUUAAAAACCCAUCGUUUCCGGAUUACAGAAUAACGACUGAGAGCGGUGCCAUGUGCUGUGAUAUCCAUCCCAAGUAUCCGUAUUUGAUAGCCAUUGGGUUGUACGACGGAAACGUGAUUGUGUACAACCUCCAGGUGGGCACGAAGGAGCCGGUCUACAUGUCCCAUGGAGUUAAUGGGAAACAUUCUGAGUGCGUGUGGGAGAUCAAAUGGGGGCCAGAUAUGCAAGAUGGUGAGAUAAACUUCUACUCGGUGUCUGGCGAUGGGCGUGUAUUCAACUGGGUGCUGAUGCAGAAUAAAUUGGCCAUUACCACAAUUAUAUCCCUGUUUCUGGACAUCGACCAGGUCGGUGGACCGGACGGGAGCAGUCUGAAGCUGAAAGGUUGCGGCAUGUGUAUGGUUUUCCAUCCUAAUAAUCCGGAGAUAUUUCUGGUGGGAACAGAGGAGGGCUACAUUUUCAAGUGCAGCACGGCGUACAGUUCAAAAUAUCUGAUGACAUAUUAUGCCCAUUAUCUGUCGGUGCAUCGCAUGGAUUACAAUAAGUUUAACUCGAACAUUUUUGCAUCCUGUAGCGGCGAUUGGCGGGUAAAGAUAUGGGAGGAUAUGCGGCCCGAGCCCUUGUUCAUUUUCGAUCUGGGAGCUUCGGUCGGUGAUGUCAAGUGGGCCCCAUACUCGAGCACGGUGUUCGCCGCAGUCACCACCGAAGGGAAGGUGUUUGUGUUCGAUCUGAACGUGAACAAGUACAAGGCGAUUUGUAUCCAAGCCGUCGUGUCGAAACGGAAGAACAAAUUGUCCCGGUUGGCGUUCAACCAUAAGCUGCCGUUUAUCAUUGUCGGCGAUGACAAGGGAACAACCAUUACGUUGAAACUGUCGCCGAAUUUACGUGUCAAGACAAAGGCACCGAAAAAAGCUGUUCCGGUAGAUCCCCAUAUGCUAGAGGUUCAGAAGCUGGAUCGGCUGCUGUCGCUGGUACGGGAACUUCCCGAGGGUGAGAUGGUGAAGGAAACGGUUAGCACGGUAGCCUCCAACUAA